AAAUAAAGCUAAAUGCUCAGUCAGGACAAAAUCACUCAGCUUCUCUGAUUCCUCAUUUCACCUGUGUUUCAGGAACUAACUAAACAUGUCAACUGAAAAUACGAAAAAACAAAUCCCAGAUAGCAAUUCUGCUCCAGCUCUGCCUGCACCACUCAGUGAUCUGAAAAUUAAGUAUACUAAGAUAUUUAUAAAUAAUGAAUGGCAUGAUGCAACUAAUGGCAAAAAAUUUGCAGUCUAUAACCCCGCAACUGGAGAUAAAAUUUGUGAGGUAGAAGAAGGAGACAAGGACGACAUAGACAAAGCUGUUAAAGCAGCGAGAAAAGCUUUUCAGCUUGGGUCGCCAUGGCGUACAAUGGAUGCUUCAGAACGGGGAAGGCUCUUAAAUAAACUAGCUGACUUAAUUGAAAGAGAUCGUCUAGUCUUAGCUACAUUGGAAGCCAUUGAUGGUGGAAAACUUUUUCCCAAUGCCUACUUAAUGGAUUUAGGAGCCUGCCUUAGAACUUUACACUACUGUGCAGGCUGGGCUGAUAAAGUUCAAGGUCGUACCAUUCCAGUGGAUGGAAACUUUUUCACAUUUACGAGACAUGAGCCCAUUGGUGUGUGUGGCCAAAUUAUUCCUUGGAACUUCCCUUUGCUUAUGUUUGUCUGGAAGAUCGCUCCUGCCCUUUGUUGUGGAAACACAGUGGUCAUCAAACCAGCAGAAGAAACUCCACUGUCUGCUAUUUACAUGGGAUCUUUAAUUAAAGAGGCUGGAUUUCCACCAGGGGUAGUGAAUAUUGUGCCAGGUUUUGGACCCACAGCUGGAGCAGCAAUUUCUCACCACAUGGACAUAGAUAAAGUGGCUUUCACAGGCUCUACACAGGUUGGCAAACUGAUCACAGAAGCUGCUGGAAAGAGUAAUCUGAAGAGGGUUACAUUGGAACUUGGAGGGAAAAGUCCUAAUAUCAUAUUUGCGGAUGCAGAUUUGGACAAUGCUGUGGAAUCUGCACACAUUGGUCUGUUCUACCAUCAGGGUCAAUGCUGCAUAGCAGGCUCUAGGAUUUUUGUGGAAGAGCCUAUUUAUGAAGAGUUUGUCCGCAGGAGCGUUGAGCGAGCUAAGAAAAUUAUCCUUGGUGAUCCUCUGUCUUGUAAUGCAAAUCACGGUCCCCAGAUUAAUGAGGAGCAGUUUCAUAAAAUCCUCGACCUAAUUGAGAGUGGGAAAAAAGAAGGAGCCAAACUGGAAUGUGGAGGACGUCCAUGGGGAGACAAAGGUUACUUCAUCCAGCCCACGGUUUUCUCUAAUGUUACAGAUGAUAUGCGCAUCGCCAAAGAAGAGAUUUUUGGGCCAGUGCAGCAAAUCAUGAAGUUUAAAACUGUAGAUGAAGUGAUCAAGAGGGCAAACAAUACUCAGUAUGGAUUAGCAGCAGCAGUUUUUACCAAAGACCUUGAUAAAGCAUUGACAUUUGCAACUGCUCUUCAGGCUGGAACAGUAUGGGUUAACUGCUAUGGUGCAGCAUCUGCUCAGUGUCCUUUUGGAGGAUUUAAAAUGUCAGGAAAUGGACGAGAACUGGGAGAAUAUGGCAUUCAUGAAUAUACAGAAGUUAAGACUGUCACAAUCAAAAUUCCACAGAAGAAUUCAUAAUGUUGCUUCAGGGCGGAAUUUAGCAUCUUCAAAAUGCUAAGCAAAUCUGCAAAGGUUAAUUGUGUUGUGAAAAUUUUUACAUCCCAAAUUAUUCAUUAACUUGCAAAUAAGGAAUUUGCUUACGUUAACAUGAUUGAGAUUAAUGUAGAAACUUUACAUGUAAUUAACUGAGAAAGGAACAUUUUAAUGCCUGGAACAUAGCGAACAAAUUUUGAAAUUCUUAUUGAGAAAGAACUAUUUUUUUCAAUGGGAGAUAUCUGUAGUGCUAUGAAAAUGUCUUUUUUUCCAAUACAUACAGCUUGUGCAGUUUGAUUUAAUGUGCUAUUCUAAAUAUUAGAUGGCAAGCUGGCUUUACAUUUCAGGACCUUUGCAAAAGCACUUACAAAUUACUAUCAAAUCGAUAUUCUUCUCUGUCUCUUUGGAAAAUCAUAGAUUUGCUCUGGAUACAUAUCUAAGAAUGCUGAAUUUGUUUAUCAUGUUAAGUACUCCACACAUGUAAUCUGGAUGUAAACCUUAUUAAAAUCUACCUUCAAAUCUAA